AUGAAAAAGGUAACAUCUGCAUCGGCAAAGAUGACGGUGAAGGAUGACUGGGUAGAAGCGGCGAUGACCGACGACGAGAUGGUUGUCGAGCUUCUUCUUAGACUGAAGCAUGCGGGUACGGUAGUGGCGGAUAAUCCGACGGCGAAUCUACCUCCGUUACGGUGGGGAAUCCGUCAACGGCGGUCUCGGUCGUCAAGAUUCGGUGGCGGCGGCGGCGGAGUUCUCGUUACGUUGAAGAAGGAUGUGGAUUCCGUUAGAGCUAGUCCUAAGACUCCACUCUCUUGGAGCGGCGGAUCUGGAAGCGGCGGUGGUUGUUCUGCAUCUCCUUCCUCCGCUGCAACCGCCGAUGGAUUCGAAGAUACCAGUCGUCAAGCUAGCUGCUCCACAUCUACAGGAUCUGGAUCUAAGGCUUUUCUCACCAACGAAAUCACCAGUUCCUUUUCCAAGAGAUUGAAGAAAAGGAAGUCAUCUUCUGAGCUAAGAGACGAAGAGAAUUUGAAACUAAAAGAAAGACUUGAUCUUGAAAAGGAGAUUGCAAGUCUCCGAGCAACAUUUGACGAACAAAACGUAAGAAACCAAAGGUUGAAAAGGAUUAAGCUUGACUUGAACUCAGGCCGUGUCAAGAAUCAGACUCGGGUUGGUCUCACUCACAAAUCACCAGAAUCGAAAUCUUGCAAAAUAGAGGGAAAAACGGGUGACUCGUUAAAUAACGGGGGCUUCUUCUUAAUCCCUGAUCUGAACAUGGUACCAUCCGAGGACGAGAUAUUGUACGGAACUAGCUAA